UCCACGAGAAAGUAGUUACGUGCGUUGGGCCAGGCUGUCUGCCAGUCUGCCUUAAGGCCUGAUGACAGGAGCAGUCGAAACAAUUGCUCUUUCCAUCAAGAUUCUUCCACUAGGUCGGGUCACAUUCCUCCAAAUUCUACCCUCUCAUUUUGUGUUAAUGUAGUUGUUGCUUUCUAUAUUUUCAUGGCAGGCUAGCUUUCAAGUGCGUUGUUGUCGAUAGGACCUUACCUGAGCGCUGCCAGUCUAUACUAGCUGCUACAGAGACUGCCGUAUCUGUCAGUAGCCACCGCGAGUCUUGCCAAAUCCUCACGGUGUCAAGAUGCCGAUUUCCACGAUCAGCCCCUACUUAAACAUGUCGUCUUGGGCGCUGCUGUACCCCAACAUGUCGAUCACGGGGGCUCCCUGGGAAGAAAAUUCAACAUUCGGCUUCGGCACGACUCCGACACCUCGGUACUACCCCUACCCCGGGUACGAGCAUCCGGACACCGCCGAGGUGACCAUCAAGAUCGUGGUGUACUCCCUGCUGCUCCUGAUGGCGCUCGUGGGCAACUCGACCGUCAUUUUCAUCGUGUCGCUCAACAAGACGAUGUGGACGCCGACCAACUUCUACAUCAUGAACCUGGCCGUGGCCGACCUGCUCAUCGCCCUGUUCUGCAUGUGGAUCCAUCUGGUCCAAAGCAUGAUUCCAAACUGGAUCUUCGGCGACUUCAUGUGCCGCUUCAACAACUUCAUUCAAGGCGUUUCCGUGGCAUGCAGCAUCCUGACCAUGACCGUGAUCGCCAUGGACCGCUUCUAUGCCAUCAUCUUCCCGCUGAAGGCGCGAGUCACCGACACCAACGCUGCCGUGGUCAUCACCUUCGUCUGGAUCGCCGCCAUCGCUGCCAAUGUGCCUCUGCUGGUUUGGUGCUUUGAGAGCUGGCCCGACUACCACAGCCAUAGACAGGCGUAUACAAUGUUCCUCUUUGUGGUCAUCUACACGAUACCUAUCCUGGUCAUGACGGGCGCCUACGUCAUGAUAGGCAAGAAGCUGUGGAACAAAAAGACUCCCGGCAUCACCAUCAUGUCCAUGGAGUCCGUACAGGCUAAAAUCAAGAAAAAGGUCAGAAUCAUAAAGGUUUAGUCAAGGUGUUACA